UUUAAUGAUGUUCGGUCUAAUCCACUUUAUCGACCAUAUUGACCACGCACACAAAUAUACAAACGCAUAAAAGGUCAAUCUGCACGCAUUUUGUUUUAUGCACGUCAUUCUUAUUGUCUCGUGAUCCACGUACACUCGUAUAUCACGCUGUCUCUCUGUCUCUUCAGCACUCCCUCUGCCAUCCAAUUAAAAGGCUGCAAUUACGUAAGACUCUGACACCGUCUCACAAUUCCCGAUGAUUGAAUGGCGCGAAUAGCAAUUUACUCCCUAAAAUGAACUAUGGCUUAAAGUGCGAUGAUGUCACCUUACCUAAGGAUAAACCGUGAAGUGAGAGGUGGGUGGACAGCGAAACAAUGCACACAGCAUGUAAAGCAUGUGUUGCAUAUACUGUACAUGUGGCUUGCCUGUGCCCUUUAUCUAAUACCCCCUUUCUCUGAUAUGAAACAGUUACGCUAUUUGACACGGUGACACUUAGCAGAAAAGCCAGGUGGUGAGGGUGGUCUCCUUUGGUCAAUUGGUAUGAGGUAUAUAAAUCAUUUAAAUGUGCUGGUCACUCCCCCUUUCCUUUAUCACGUUUCCAGCCAAACAAUUCACACCAACGGUUGACCGUGGUUAGCAUGUAGGUGCUAUUGUAAUGUCACUCUGACUUGCUUUCAACUCCGUAUUUACAUUAAGUAACGGAGACUGACUUCGAAUAUAGAGCGGACAAAUUGGGUAUUAUUCUUCUGUCACCUGUUAUGAACAGGAGAAAGCAUUUCCCCCUAAAUAUCCUUCGCGUCUUGUGCAAUUGAGCAGUUAGGGCGAACUCCAUUGGCUGAUGGUGACGAUGAUAUCCUUGGACGCUUAACCAGGAACUUACUUUAUGCAAAACUGGCUUCAAGAAAAGUCACGCUGGCAUUUAGUCGCAGUUGAGGCUUCACUCAGUGGCUGUGGUUGACUUUUAUUGUAAUAGAGUUUGAAAAGCCCGGAGAAAUCGAUGAAAAAUUAUCAGCAUCAGCAUUACAUCGAUGCGAUUCUCAAUCGGUGAUCGAUGGGAGUGAAAUUGAUACCAAAGUUGCCGUAAAGAUCAGUAUUUGUGCAGAUCACGGAGGAAUCAAGGUAAAAGCCCCUGCUGUAAUCUCGAGAAAGAAUCAGCUUUAUUAAUUCAAGCACUGAUUUGUUAUCUCCAUUGUACGGAUGGGCUCACUUGAGAACACAGCGAGUUCGCACGCAUUUUACCCAUUCACUACGGCAGUCGUAACUACUGACCACUAUGCGGCUGGUUACGCCGGUCCUGAACCCGAGCCAGAGCCUGAGCCUGAGUGGCUAGCCUCGCCGAAAAGCUGGCUCAUGAAUACCACGGGCGAUCUCAUCCCUUUCGCCGAACCCGUACCGAAGUGGGAUACGGCUAUACCAGAAUGGGGCCUAGCCUGGCCAGCUUAUAUCUACGGCCUUGGGACUUUGUUCACGGCACUGGCGUUAAUAACACUGUUAAAUAUCGUCCAGCUUCUUCGCCUAUCUUCGCUGCCUUCUCGGGGUUAUUUCAUCGCACUGAACUUGCUCGUCUUGCUGGUCUGCGUUACAAGAAUGGUACUGUUAUUUGUAGAUGCGCACAAUCAUAAGGAUAUAUUUCCUAAACCAGUGGCGUACUUUCUAAUCAGUACGUCGUUGCCCGCCCUCACAUCAGCAUUUUACAUUCUGUUCUCUGCACUGCUCAAGGCCACCCAAAUAAGGACGAUUUCCAAAAACAUCUACGACAUCCCAGCGCUGGUUUCCAUCGUGGUGUUUAAUUUUUCUAUAUCAUUUAUAUCAGACAUGGUAGUUGGAGUUUUCUUUAAAGCAAGGCUUCUGAUGGUGAUAUGUCAAGGAGUUUUCGUGCUGUGGGGAUUGAUCUUUUCAAUAGCGUACAUUGCUUUGUUCCAAAGACUUUACAAGAGAACGACGAGGCCCCGGAAUGAAAUAGUCCGCCUGAGCAGCCAAACCCACAAAGGCAGCGCGGGCGUGGUGGAGGAGGGCCGACCUGCACCCCCAGCGAGUGCGGAGCACAAAGUGGAAAAACACCCCCAAAGACUCGUCCUUGCCGUCAAAGUGACGCUAGUAGCCACGUUUUUCUUUCUCGCUGUGACAGCGUUGAAUAUAAUGGGUAUAUUUAGUGACUUCAGUAUAAUGACCACCCAGACCCCAGAACCCUGGACGUGGUGGGGGUAUCAAAUGGCGUUUCGACUGUGUGAAUGGGGAAUGGCCGCUACUUUAUGUUUUGUAGCGACACCUUUUAGGAACUGUGGUAAAUAAUUGUUAAAUUCUACCCCUUUUUAUGCUCUCCUCGCAAUAUGUUUUUACAGAGAUAUAGACAUUUCGACAAUAUCUUGCUUUGUACACUCUGUAUGAAGUUUAAUUCAAUUUUAGUCACAUUCAGGUGAAUAAUAACCACAGCAGACUAUAGAAAUAAUACAUUAAAUUUUUGAAGUUGCAUCACAGACGUUCAGAAUAUAAUGUGAAAGUCAUGGCACAGAACUUUCUCUGAAAUCUAUUAUAUCGAUUUAGGCAUAAUCAUAAUGGUUUGUCGCUGUUGAUUUCUUAAAUAUUUGUCCAUGGUGCAAAGCAAUUUCUGAUAAUCAUGAUUUAUUUUCAUUUAAUAGUAAACAACAGUUAUAAGCGUUUCCGUGAGAAAACAGACAUGUCCAGGUACGAAAUAAGCAGGCAACUUGACUGUAGCAUGAUCUCAGUGCACACAAUGUAUGUUUUAACAUAACACUUAAAAGUGCUUGCAGGCAAGCUUGUAGUUAAGAUGACUGCGUAUGUCUAUGUAUAUAACUGAAGGUUUAUUAUUUCUCUGAUAUCUAUCUCUGACACGCUGGCAAGGAUAUGCAUCAGCUUUAAGGUUAAUUUAAGUUUAUCAUUCUGCUGGAAGUUUUAAACUUGACAGAGAUGAAGGAUGAGAAAGAAAGAAAAGCGGUAUGCUUGACUGAACUGGGCGUAAUAGCGCUGUGAGCGUAACCACAAAGCAACUCACGCACGCACGAUUUAGCUUGGGGACGUAUUGGAAAAGUACGUCCCCAAAGCUAAAAUGUCAGAUGACGUGGGUUUUAAUGUUUUAAUGUUCGUCUUCAAGUCGUGAGGGUGCACUUACAUAAAAAUGACGCGUUUUGACAACACCCGAUAACCCAAUGGUACAAUAGUUGUGGAGUUCAAUCAGUGGCAUUAUAAGGUGUAAUUUACGUAGCUCCCAAAGGAAGACUGUCACGAAUUUAUGUUGAAUGCCUAAGUAUAACUAUUUUGGCGGAACACUGCAACUCCUGUAAUAGCAAAAUUGCACGGUAAUAAAUGUGAAUCAUUGAGAUUUAACAAAACAGCUGUUAACGAGAUUUGAACAGAGGUGCGUACAGCAUAUUUACAAGGAAAGUGGCCGUUAACCAAAUAAUUAAACAUAACAGUAAUAUGGACAAAAUCACGUACAAUUAAACAGUAAUUACACUGCACAGCGUGGCUAGAUGACAUCUUGUGAAUCAUCCAUCUACCAGUAAGUCAAGAAAGUACAGUAAUGCACGCAUGUGAUGGACAAACGAUAGGUUUUCAGCACUUUCUGUCCUGUCUCCGCGUAAGAAUUAUUUCAACAAUGGUACAUGCAGUUACACUUAUGUUAAAUUUACCAGGAAUGGCAUUGAAAGACUAAAAAAUGUACCAAAAUAUCAAAAUGUCAAAAGAAUCCUGGGAAGUUUAAAUGAGGAUGACUUACUGGAUUUUAUGUACUAAGUAUAAACCCGACCUGGAACUAUAGA